AUGCUUUUGAAGCAGGAUUCUAUUGAUAAGGAUUUUCUGAUUGGUAGUCUGGAUUUGAGAGUUUCUAACCUUGAACAUGAGAACUCUGUUAAAGAUGCAAAUAUUUCUGAACUUCAAGCGAAACUUGGUGGUAUAACUGCUUUAGUCUUUGACCUGAAGCAACGCUUACAUCAAAAGUUUGGUGAUGAUUUUCAACCUUUAAGAGCUGAAGUCGAAAAGAUGUCUGUAUCUAGCUCCGAUUUAGUCAAUCCACCCUCUCAACAUGUGAGUGAAAGAGUUGUUAGACCUGCUCCAAACGCGAAUCUUGACACUUUUUUAUCUUCUGGUCCUUCUUCUGCUAAAAAAAGAAGAGAGAAACAAGCUCGAAUUGAGCAGUUGAAAUGGAAGAUGUUGGUGAUGAAACAUUCGGAUCAGAAUGCUCCAGGAGAUCACCCUGAAAUGUUUUUAAGGGAAACUGGAAAGAAAUUUACUGAAAAUUAUGGAGAUCGCUAUGGCAUUUUGAUGUGGGGAUAUGAUGCUGACAAUAAAAUGUGGGUCGUGAAGUGA